AUGGUCCGCGUCAAACACCGCUACCUCCUCCUCGACAUCCUCUACCCAUCCACCUCGACGAAACCGUCCUCUACAUCUUCCUCGAACAGAGUCCUCAGCAUCCACGCCCCGACACCAGACACCCUUACGCCCGGGCUACUCGCCAAAAUGGUUCGCGAGGAGGUCGCGGAGAUCUUUGGAGAUUGGGGUGUUGGAAGGCUCGGUGGUGCGGGAGCGGGGGGGAUAAGUGUUAAAUAUCUUUCGCCUGCAACGUCGACGGCUAUCAUUCGGUGUCCGCGCGCUUCCUUCCGACUUGUCUGGACGGCGUUGACGUAUAUGACGCAUGUCCCGGAGGGGAGGGAUGCGGCACGGCCGUGUGUGUUUCGCGUGGUGAGGGUGUCGGGGACAAUACGCAAGGCAGAGGAGGAGGCGAUCCGGCGGGCGAGAAGGGAGAUUGUUAGGUUAAGGGGGCUGGAUGAGGCGGUAUUCGGCGUUUUGGGGGGGGAUGCUGGCCGCAAGACAGCUGGUGGUUCAGGAACCGACUCGGCUGUGCUUGGGUCGCCGGUGGAUGGGGAUGACGAUGAAGAUAUGGAUGAUGAUGACGACGAUUAUUAG